AUGGAGCAAGUCGGCGAGCAACUUCUUGACUGCACAGUCAGCGGUGUGAACAACAAGAUCGAGGUGCAGAGCGCAAUGACAGCUUGCAACGGGGAAGACCUGAUCGAAACGGACGCGCCGUUCGUGUUACCACCCACUGCGGCACCGCUGAUUACCAUUGCUCCGAUUGUAACGAGCGCCCCGUUUCAGACACUUGCCCCGUUGUCGAGCUUAGCUCCACGACCCGGCGGUGAUAGUAGCGGUAUAUCGGGGCCAGCAACAGAGCCCCCUGCAUCCACAGACGGGUCUGUGGACUGGAGUAUCGGAUCCUCGACCUCGGCAGGUUCCGGCUCUACUAUUAACUGCACGAAUUCUAAGGUUUCAAGUCUCGUGAGCUUGUACACUGAGACAGCCAAGAGCUCACCGUGCACGUCAGAUGCCACUCGAACUUCCUACAGUAUUACUAUCUUCACUAAGUGCGCAUCGUCGUGUGCUUCGAAGCUCGAAACACUUGCCAGUGACCUCCCCAACUGCGUUUACGCCUACGAGUCUUCGAAUAAGAAGACUUCAUUACAACGACAGAUUAAGGACUGCACAGAGUCAAGCUUUGCAAGCCACAUCAGCACGACGGUAUUUCUAUCCUCGACGUCAUCAGACACAUCGAGUGCAUCGAGCGAUUUCGGUCUGGGUCUUGGUCGAAUGAUUACAGUUGUGGGUUUCAUGGCCAUUGCAAUGCUGUAG